AUGGAUGAAAAAAAUAGAUUGUUUGAGGAUUAUGAGUUAGGAGUCGAGUCAUUCAUUGAAUUUGGGUUCCAUCACGCAAAUGGUUCUAAGAUUAUACGUUGUCCCUGCUUGAAAUGUGGAACCCGUAUAGAUAAGGAUGCUGCAACCAUUAGAAAUCACUUGUACGAACACGGUAUUGAUCAGAGCUAUAGGGUAUGGUUCUGGCAUGGUGAAGAACAUGCACCUAGAACAGAUGAGGAUAGGUUGAAUGACGAGUUCAAUAAGAAUCACGAAGAUGAUAAUGAUUUGUUCGAUGUGAUUGACAUGGUUCAGACUGUUUAUGAUGAAAUUUCACAUGUACCGAAAUCGUUUGAAAAUAUGUUUGAUAAUGCUAAGAAACCAUUAUACCCUGGAUGUAAAAAAUUCACGAAGUUGUCAGCUUUAGUAAGAUUAUACAACCUAAAAGUACGAUAUUCAUGGACCAAUUCCAGUUUUUCAGAAUUACUAUCUGUAAUUAGUGACUUCCUACCAGAGUUGAAAGAAAUGCCGAAAUCCAUGUACGAGGCGAAAAAAGCAUUGUGUUCUCUGGGUUUGAAUUAUGAGAAAAUUGAUGCAUGUCCUAAUGAUUGUUGCUUAUAUAGAAAGGAAUACAUACACAUGAACCGAUGUCCUUUUUGUAGUUUGUCUAGGUGGAAAUUAAAUAAAGAUACAACUAAGGAAAAAGAAGGAGUUCCCGCAAAGCAGUUGUGGUACUUUCCGAUAAUUCCAAGAUUCCUUGGACUAUUUAGGAGCUUCGAUCAUGCUAAGAAUUUGACAUGGCACAGUACUGGUAGGAAAGUAGAUGGGGUUUUACGACAUCCAGCUAACUCUCCCUCUUAG